AUGGAAGCUAUCUCCUACAUUCAAUCAUCAUUUUCUGAUUCCAAUCCUCUUCCUUUUCCCACAAAAAACCACUUGGUUACUCUCAACACUACAACACCAUUUACCUUAAUAUCAAGAGCAUCUUUUGUUAGGCUCAAACAUCACACACCAAUUAACAUACAUUACUCUAAAAAUGUAACAACAAAUGUUCCAUCUUCAAAUCCAUGUUCCUUUGCACAAUCCUACCUCAUAAAAAACCUUAACUUCUCAUCCCAUUCCGCUCUAAAAACUUCCAUAGAAGCCCGUUUCAACACCCCCAAUAAGCCCGAUUUAGUCAUCGACUUAUUCAAAAAAUGGGGUUUCUCAAAUACCAACUUACGAAACAUCAUGGCAAAAGAACCAUGGUUACAUUCUUGCAACCCCAACAAAAGAGUUCUCCCAAAGUUUCAAUUUUUACUCUCCAAAGGCGCUUCUAAUACCGAAAUUAUUUACAUAGUGACAAAGACACCAACGUUUCUUCGUCGAAGCCUAGACAAUCACAUAGUUCCAACCUAUGAAUUGUUAAUUGGUUACUUGCAAUCUGAUAAAGAGACAUUGAAUUGCAUAAUUCGUAACCCACUUUCAUUUUGUUGUACUAGGAUGAGAACUAAUGUUAAAUUGUUGGUUGAUUUUGGUGUUUCUGAUUCAACCAUUGUCACAUUGCUUCAUAAAUGGCCUAGUGUAUUUUCAUCAAAUAAUUUGCUAAGGGAAAUUGAAGAAUUAAAGGAAUUGGGUUUCAACCCUUUGAAAUCAGCUUUUAGUAUAGCAUUGCUUGCUAAACUAACUGUGAGAAAAUCACAUUGGGAUGAUAAAGUUAAUGUUUUUAAGAAAUGGGGUUGGUCGGAUGAAAAUGUUGUUGAAGCAUUUAGGAGACAGCCAAAUUGUAUGUUGGCAUCAUGUGAUAAAAUUAAUAAUGUGAUGGAAUUUUGGGUGAAUGAGUUGGGUAUGGAUGCUAUGGAACUUGUUAAAGGGACAAAUAUUUUUGGACUUAGUUUGGAAAAAAGGGUUAUUCCAAGAGGUUUUGUUGUUCAAUAUAUGUUAGCUAAAGGUUUGAUAGACAAGAAUGCUAGUUUGAUUACCCCUUUUUUGAUUACUGAGGAAAUGUUUUUGAAGAAGUUUGUGAUGUGUUUUAAGGAGAAUGAUACAUCUUAUAUGUUAAAGAUAUAUCAGGACAAGAUGAAUGUUCAAGAUUACAAAGAGGGGAGUAGCAUUAAGCCAUCGUUAAAUUGUGACUAA